AUGAGCGAUCAGAUCAUGGCGAAGAAGUCGCCAGAAACCUCUACCUUCUGCCCUUCGGAGGAAGAACAAAGUUUGAUCACGGAAGUCCUUUCAAAGCAUCCAAGGAUGAUGCUCAUCAGACAGACGACGCAGCUCCGUGCAAUCAUGACCAUCAUAAGAAUUUUCUACGCGGACCGCGCUAUUCGUCUGCUCAUAGAAGAGGCUCUGAACGUGCUGCCCUUUGCUCCGCGAGUUGUCACAACACCCCUUGGUGCUCAAUACGAAGGCCUCGCCUUUGGAAGCGGUUUGUGUGGGGUGUCGAUCGUGAGGGCUGGCGAGUCUAUGGAGUCGGCCCUUCGAGCCGUCUGCAGGGGAUGCACGAUUGGGAAAAUCCUUAUUCAGAGAGAUGAAGAAACGGCUGAACCCGUUCUGUACUAUGUCAAGCUCCCCAAGGAUGUCGCCUCCCGUAGCGUGCUGCUGAUGGAUCCCAUGUGCGCAACGGGGGGAAGCGUUGCACGCGCGGUCUCAGUCCUUAAGAGCCACGGCGUGACUGAGGAGAACAUUGUUUUCGCGACUUUGAUGGCAGCGCCUCCGGGCAUCGAUCGCGUUCUUAAGGAAUUCCCAGGCAUCCGAAUCAUCUGCGGAUCCAUCGAGGCGGGUUUGAACGAUAAGAACUUCUUGGUGCCGGGAAUAGGGGACUUUGGAGAUCGAUACUUUGGAACAGAGUAG